GGGGCCGCCUCAGCUUCCCCGGCGGCACCGGGGCCCUGGGGCGGCCCGUGCCUAUGAACCUCUUCGCCACCUGGGAGAUCGACGGUUCCAGCCCMAGCUGCGUCCCCAGGUUGUGCAGCUUGACAUUAAAGAAACUGGUAGUCUUAAAGGAAUUGGAUAAGGAGCUUAUUUCUGGGGUCAUUGCUGUCAAAAUGCAGGGCUCCAAGCGCAUCCUGCGGUCUCACGAGAUUGUAUUGCCCCCGAGUGGACAUGUGGARACGGAGCUGGCGCUGACCUUCUCUCUGCAGUACCCUCACUUCUUGAAGAGAGAAGGCAACAAGCUUCAGAUCAUGCUGCAGCGGCGGAAGCGCUACAAGAACCGAACCAUUUUAGGCUACAAGACCCUGGCUGUGGGGUGCAUCAACAUGGCUGAGGUCAUGCAGCACCCUACAGAAGGUGGCCAGGUUCUGAGCCUUUUCAGCAACAUCAAAGAGGCUCCAGUGAAGGUGGCAGAAAUCUGGAUCUUCUCCUUGUCGAGUCAGCCGAUCGACCAUGAAGAUAGCACAAUGCAGGCCAGCCAGAAAAUCAAGUCUACAGACAACUAUUCCGAGGAAGAGUACGAGAGCUUCUCUUCUGAGCAGGAGGCCAGUGAUGAUGCCGUACAGGGCCAGGAUUUGGAUGAUGAUGAGUACGAGCUGGGGAAGCCCAAGAAGCAGCGGAGAACGAUAGUAAGAACGACGUCCAUAACCAGGCAACAAAACUUCAAACAGAAGGUUGUGGCAUUGCUGAAGAGGUUUAAAGUGUCUGAGGAGGUCCUGGAUUCAGAGCAGGACCCGGCAGAGCAUGUUCCAGAGGUGGAGGAGGAUUUGGACCUUCUGUACGACACACUGGAUAUAGAGAAUCCCAGUGACAGCGGGCCAGAAAUGGAGGAUGAUGACAGUGUCUUGAGCACUCCAAAGCCAAAAUUAAAGUAUUCUGAUGCCCAGCCACCUGAGAGCAGGGGAUGGACAUGGUGGUGGCAGGCAGGCAGAGAAUUGAACUUUACACAGUCUAUUGAAGAAAUAGUAGAAACAGGAAAGAAAUAUGUGCUAAGGCAGAUACAGAGACCUUACUUUGAAGGACUGUCACACUCCAGCUCUCAGACAGAAAUUGGGAGCAUCCACAGCGUCAGGAGCCAGAGAGAGCCACCGAGUCCUGUAGAAGUGCCUGAAAAGACAAAGAGUCUUGGAACCAAACAUGCAGGCGACAGUGUUUCUGACACUGUCCCUUAUGAGUCUAACCAGCAAGCUGAGGCUCAGGAGGCUGAACUCCCCACUCCAGAUGUGUUYGUGGAGAAACUCCCACCCAGUGGGAAGAUCACGAAGACAGAGUCCCUCAUCAUCCCCUCCACCAGGUCUGAAGGGAAGCAGACRGGGCGCCGGGGGAGAAGCACAUCCCUGAAGGAGAGGCAGCCGGUGAGGCCACAGAACGAGAGAGCAAACAGCCUGGACAACGAGCGCUCUCCAGACACCCGGCACCACUUACAGAUCCCCAGGAAAACAGUGUAUGAUCAACUAAAUCACAUCCUUGUUUCCGAUGACCAGCUGCCAGAAAACAUUAUUCUUGUCAACACAUCUGACUGGCAAGGCCAGUACCUCUCAGAUGUCUUGCAAAAGCACACCUUGCCAGUGGUCUGCACAUGUUCCUCUGCUGAUAUUCAGGCAGCUUUCAGCACAAUUGUCUCCAGGAUACAGAGAUACUGUAACUGCAAUUCGCAGCCUCCAAACCCAAUUAAAAUUGCAGUGGCAGGAGCCCAGAAUUACCUCAGUGCUGUUUUGAGGCUCUUUGUAGAGCAGCUGUCUCACAAAACCCCCGACUGGCUCGGCUACAUGAGAUUUCUGAUCAUCCCUCUAGGCUCCCAUCCAGUGGCCAAGUAUCUGGGGUCUGUAGAUUACAGAUACAACAACUUCUUCCAAGAUCUAGCCUGGAGAGAUCUGUUCAACAAACUUGAAGCACAGACCACUGUUUCAGAAGCACCUGACGUCGUGUCACGGAUAACRCAGUACAUAGCAGGGGCAAACUGUGCACACCAGCUGCCCAUUGCUGAAGCCAUGCUGACGUACAAACAGAAGAGCCCCGACGAAGAAUCUUCGCAGAAGUUCAUUCCCUUUGUCGGGGUGGUGAAGGUUGGAAUAGUGGAACAAUCUUCUGCAACGUCAGGUGACUCUGAUGAUGCAGCUCCCUCAAGCUCCGUUGUCCUUUCUUCCACCCCGCCUUCUGUGUCUCCUGCUGUGAAAGAAGCCUCCCCCACGCCCCCUUCCUCACCGUCUGUUACAGGCAGCUUCUCAUCCCCAAGCCAGGGCCUCGGUGCUGAGUUGAUGGGCCUGCAGGUGGAUUACUGGAUUGCAGCUCCAGCCGUGGACAGAAAGAGAGACCCRGAGAAGAAGGACCCCUCCACUACCAAAAACACACUGAAAUGCACUUUCCGGUCCCUCCAGGUCAGCAGGCUACCGGCCAGCGGCGAGGUUGCCACCAUGCCAACCAUGUCCAUGACUGUGGUGACAAAAGAAAAGAACAAGAAAGUGAUGUUUUUGCCCAAGAAAACAAAGGACAAGGAGGUUGAGUCAAAGAGCCAGUGUAUUGAAGGAAUCAGCAGGCUGAUUUGCACAGCGAAACAUCAGCAGAACAUGCUGCGUGUCCUGAUCGAUGGGGUGGAGUGGAACGACGUCAAGUUCUUUCAGCUGGCAGCACAGUGGUCCUCUCAUGUCAAGCACUUUCCCAUCUGCAUCUUUGGACACUCCAAAUCUAACUUCUAGCUGUGCUCGGCGCAGGGACCUUCUGUCCGUCCCGGGGACUGCACACCAGGAGCCAGGAACUGCGUGCCAACUCCGACUCGCGUCGCUCUGCCCUCUCCUGCAGAAUUAAUUACAGAUGUGCUUGGAUUACUUUUGAAUUACUUUUUCUAUUAACUCCUAAGUUUACUACAAGGGAAGGAAACCCCUUUAAACAAAGGCAAAAAAACAAAACAAACCAACAAACCAGUCUUAAAUAUAGAUGUGCUGACAACGUGAAGUUGUGGGGGAGUUGGCAGGAGCAGGCAACCUGCCCAAGAACACCUACCACUUACGAGCAGAUAGCUGAGUAACUGCACUGCUUAUUAACCUGAGACCUCAUUGGUGUGAGUGGGCUGGGGGAGCCGUGGAUCAGCUCAAAUGGAUUUUGCAGAAGAUCRUGUGCGUUACGGUGCGUUUGGCCCCCCUCCCUCUGUGUUUCUAGGAAAAAAGGAUGGCCAGUCUUUCUUCCUGCUGCCAAAGGAUGAGAGAUCAGCGAGUCUGGAGGGAGUUCAACUGUCCAGUUUGGAAAACAAAGCCACUUGCAGAGUUAGGGGGAUCUGGAGAGGAGAUCCCCUUCAGACCAUGGACCCUGCCACAGGGACAGGCAGGUGUUUGUGCUGAAGCGAUGCCUGAGGAGGGUUGGGCAGGAACAGGAAUUAGGGAAGCACUAAGUGUAAGGAAUCUCCCAUGUCCCAGGUCUGUGACAAUGACCAAAUCGAGCCAGUCACCGUGUCCCCCAGCUGGCUGUGCUGCUGAGGGGCACCACGUCAGUGGGGUCGCUGCUAUUUACAUACUCACACCAAUUAUUUACCUGUCAAUAAAACCUCGUCCAGCCUUGAAAGGGAAAGGAUUUUUUUUAACAGCUGCAGAUUUUUUUUAAUGCUUUCUAAAAAAAAAAAGAAAUAAAAAUAAAAACAAAAAAUAACAGGAAAAAGAUUAAUUUGCCAAAAAAAAAAACCAAACCCAGGUAGAUGAGCCGUUGUCUGUGGAGUGAUGCAUCACUGUAGUGGCUGGACUGGGAGCCAGCCAGGCAYUCUGCGUGUCCAGCUGCCUUCCUUCCCAUCUGUCAAACUGCACACCUGAGGUGGCAUGGGCUGCUCUGUCAGGGGGUGGGUGGGACAGGGCGAGCAGAGUGUUGUUGCCAUGUGGAAGAACAGACAUCUCUGGCAUUUCAGGGUAAGGGACUGAAAUUUCUGAUGGGCUCUUUUGGGUCCCUCCCCUUGCAGGCAGGCCAGGCUCUGUGAGCAUUUCCAGAAGGCAUUUUCUGAGGGCAGUGAUGCUUUUGAACUUUUUUUUUUUUUUUUUAAACCUGAUCCCUUACCCUUGGGUUUUUAAAGGCUUGGGGAACCUGCAGUGUGCUGCAUGGCAGGUCCUGCUCUGCGUGGGGACCAGCUGGGUUCUGUUGGGCAGGUAGUAGUGGUGUGCUCUGCUAGCAGAGAGGUUCUGAGGUGAGAGCUGGAUCUAGUGCCUGUUGCAGCUCAGGCUGCUUCACUGACGGAUGCCAUGAAACCCUUUCCCAGCACAGGGGCAACCUAGGGACUGGGUAUUCCCUUCAAACCACGCAGGGGAGGAGGACACUUUCCCAGGCUUGGUGACAUUCUGCUGGGCAGGACACGCUGCCUGCCUGCUGUGAGCUGGCCCCUGGCUGUGGCAGAAGCUGGGCUAUGGUUGGGAUGUUGUCGUGCCCCUCAGUUGAUGCAUUUUCGGGUGACCUGAGCUGAUGCUCUGGGACUGUAGCGUUGCCUAGCAGCAGCAGCGUGGGAGAUGGUAUAGAAGCACAUCACAUCUUUAUUGAGGCUGUUGCAUCAAAAAGAAAGGUUUGUGAAGGGAAUUAGUCCGUGUGUGAUUUCUUCCUCGAGUCUCCCGCUGGUGUGACAAGGGUGAUGGGGCUGGGUUCCAGCGGUGAGAGCCGUGUGCAGCCUGGGCAGCUCUCGCUGAUGCUGCUGCAGAGGUGGGCUGGACUGACCAACUGCAAUAACUUUGUUUACYGGGGGGUGAGGGGAGAACCAUCACUGUGCUCCUCUUUGUAUUUCAACCUACUGUAAAGAAAAWAUGUGGUAGCUAGGACAGGGUUUCCAGAGUCCUGCCUAUCAAAUGUGUGUUGCCCUGCUGUACUCUGUGUGUGUGUGUGUGUGUACGUGUGAGAGAAACACUUCUGCUCGUUGCAUUUCAUGUUGGUUUGUGUUUUGUUCUAACUUUAUACAAGCAAAUUCAUCAGGAAACUCUCUGUACACCUGAGGGCUUGAUUUCUCCCCUGUGGAAAGCUGUUGUUGCUCUGAAAUGUGUCUUCUGUGCAAGAAAACAUCCCAGCUUCUCAACCUUGUUAUCCCAGAGGGAUUCCUGCAGUGGCAGGCUGGGCCUGCCUCUGGGGACCUGUGUGCCCAAGGGGUGGCUGUGGUGUUUCCUGGCCCCGGAAGCAAGGGCUGGCAUGCAAAUUUGGUGGCACAGCUCUGAUCAGSUUGUCGUGCCUUUGUUGUUUCUCCUGUGGAGCCACUUUGUGCAGCUGUUUCUUUCCCUGUCUGGAGGAGAAACAGGUUUCUGUCUCUAAAGGAAAAUGAGUGUCAAAGCACAUGGCUCAGACUGCUUUGGGAAGAGGCUUUAGACCUGGUGACCUGAAUGAGUGGCUGAUCUCAGGGUUCCCAACUUCCCCAACAGUUUCUGGGGGGAGCUUGCUGGGAGUGAGCUCCACUGACCUGAGGGAUGGUCCUUGUGGGACCAGGAAAAGGCAGCAGUGGGCCCAUGCCUGUAGAGCUGUGCCAGUCUGUGGGGUUGGGUGGUUGUGGAAACAUCAGUGAGUACAGAAGGAUGGCUUAGAGCAGAGACAGCCCCGCUCUGUGUUGGGCUCUGGAGAGUUUGAGCAGGGAAGGUACAUGUCAGAUGAAGAAAUACAGUGGGGUUAUCUCCCAGAUCGGGCUUGCUUUGGAGCUGUGUGGUCUGACAGCAAAGGCAAGGCUGGGAUGGGCAGCAUCUGAGCAGGUCCCUGGCCAGGAGGUACUUUGAAGGUGGUGUCCCCUGCUGUGUCCCCUUCUCUGUGUCUCCACRGGGCUGGUCUCUCCUGCCCCUCUGGCUGUGGCAUCCCAGAGCAGCCGGUUUGUUCUGAGCCGCUGUUGGGCAAGGCCCCAGCCCGGCUCAGCGGUGCACUCCGGGGAGCGGGCUGGCUGCACACUGAGCUGCACCACGCUGACCUAGAUAAGCAGCUCUGGAGAGCAGAUGAAAGAUGGAAGGGGUUUGUGGCAUCGUGUUGCACCUUGAGUGCUUCCUGGUCCUCUGACAUGAGUUUCCUGGAGAUGAAGGCUGGGCUUCAGCCCUGYCACUGCUCAAUCAGGGCUGGCUCUCCUGUGGCACUGGUGACGUC